CCUUAGCGAGUUUUAAGAUGACCGAGGGAUGGAAAUCUUCUCCCAAGUUCCAAGAACCCGCCCGUCUUCUCCUCUCCUUUUCUUCCGCCUCACGAGCAGAAAAGGCGUGGAGGGACGGCGGAGAUGAAGCACUUGAUGGAGGUGGAGGAGGGCCAUGGAGGGCGGCGACGGCGAGGCGUCUUCGCCAGGGGUGGCAGCCCGCCGCCUAUCCUCGGCUUCGUGAGCUGUUGGGACGUUUUCCGCAUCUCUGUGGAGAGAAAUCCCAAGAACCGAAUACUUGGCCGUCGCAAGAUUGUAGACGGGUUGCCAAGUAUUUUUGGUUGACUUACAAAGAAAACGAUAUCAUGAUGAAAUUGGGGCCUCCAUCCGCAGUUGUGGAGUUGUGCAGAAGGAUGAACCCUGACAGUGGAAGCAAGUUACUUGGAGGUUUCAAUUUGCUCUACUUUAUGCUGAUAAUUGCUGCAUAUAAUGAUUCAACUCUGUCAUAUCUUUGUCUUGAUGUAGGUGCAGGUGCUAUAGAAUUCAUUAUAUGCCAUGCAGAGAUUCAGGUCGCUUUUGUGGAGGAAAAAAAUGGAGAUUGUUGGACUUCAAUCUUACGCCCUUCAUGGGUACUGUACCUUAGGUGCUGGCCCACGCUAUCAACUCUUUUAACUCCCAAAAGAUUAGAGUCCCUCAGUAGUAGCAACUGCCAUCUUCAGACUAAACACCGCAACUGAAUUGGUCAGGUUAACUAUUUUUCCUGACUAAGCACAAUAAUCAGCAAUUACCUUUCUCAAGGUAGUGCAAUCACAUGCCUUUGUUCGUGAAAGAAGCAAGCAGUCAUCAACAAAUAGAACGUGAGUAACAUAUGGGCUAGCAUGAUUGGGUCUGUAUCCCUGAAUAGAACCACCUGUAAUCUCCUCCGUAAUGGCUCUUGACAUCAUCUUUGUGCAAAGGAUGAAAAGGAAAAGCGAAAGGGGCCCCCUUUCGCAGCCCCAUAACUGAAUGAAAGAAAUUUGUUGGGGUUCCAUUGACAAGGAUAGCGAAUGAAGGGCCUUUGAUGCAGCCAUUUAUUCAUCUAAUCUAAAUCUCUGAAAAUUGGAAGUGUCUCAUGGCAGCUUCAAGAUAGAUCCAUCCGACAUGAUCAUAGGUCUGCUCCAUUAUCUAAGUUGAUGGCCAUCAGAGGUUGGUUACCAGAAACAUGACGCAUAGAGUGGAUGGCUUCUUGAGCCAGGACAAUGCUGUCGGAGAUACUUCUCCCAACAAUAAAAGCACUCUGUUCCUAAGGCUAGAGUCCAUUCGAGGGCUAACAGAAUGUUGUGGGAACAUUUGUCUCUCCAUCAAAUGACUUCUCAAUGAUUGGAACUGUGGGCCCUUCAGUACCAAAUGUUGAUGUGGCCCUGAGUCUGUUCUUGAAAUGGGAUAUGAUUCCCUCGCAAGCACAGCCACGUGGAGAAAGGAAAAACCCUGUUCUCAGGAUACGACAAAUGGGAAGGGCCGAUGGGUGUUUUCGAACGGGUUUUUUAUUCUUAUAAUGCACCUGUCAUUUCUAUGCACAUGAUAUAGCAUGCCUGCAACUAGCCAUUGAUAUAAAUGCUCUCUAGAUUAAGGUUAAUAUCUGCUUAUCAACUUUUUGCUUGACAAGGUUGAUCUGGUUGGGCAUUUGUCAAACUGUUUCCCUUUCUAUCAAAAUCAAGCAUCAACUGAGCAUAUUCGUACUUGGAUAAAUUAAGGGGACAUUGACGAAUGGCAUUUAGAUGGAAGCAUCAAAAUGAUUGAUAGGAAGAACAAUAUUUUCAAACUUAUGCAAGAAGAGGAUGUUGCAGUUGAAAAUCUGGAGAACAUCUAUAUUCUAUAGUCUUAUUUCUGAUAGAGACUCGAUAUUUCUUGUGAACAAAUAUCUUGUAGAAGAAACUAUGUUCGUUAUUUCCAGUUUUCUGGGGCACGUUAUUGUGUCAAUUUUUUUUUCAAUUAUAUCUUCUUCUUUUUUUGAUAUAUAGACUGCCUAUAUAAACAUGUCCCAGAUUAUCUUGUUAAGGGUAUGGUGUAAUAAGUUAUGUGUUAUUUUCAGUAAAAUUCUAUCAUUUUCACUUCAUGUGGAACAUGAUUGACUUUCAUAUU